UGCGCGGCGGCGGCGCUGUGUGCGUCGCGACGCGUGUCCGGCCUGACGCCUCGCUCGCGCUCCCGUGUGCCGCCGCCCUCCAGACCGCUCACUGAGAUGCUCAACUCUUAUCAACGAUCGUGUGGGCCGUAAAUAUACAACAAGACCCGACACGCGGUUUCCAUCAAUACCUACGUUCCAUUGGAUAGCCGAUCAGAAUGGACGAGAACAAAGCGGAGACGAUGUACCUUCGUGCUGUCCCUGACGACGUCAACGGUGAAGCAAAGGACUCUGCAGCCGAAGAGAACUACGACCCUCACGAACAUAGGCAACUGCCGAAGCCGACCAAUAACAUUGAGACCCUGAUCCACCUGCUGAAAUGUAGCCUGGGCACCGGCAUCCUGGCCAUGCCCCAGGCGUUCGCUCGCGCUGGCCUCGUCACCGGCAUAGUGUUCACGGUGCUCAUCGGAGUCCUGGUCACGCACUGCCUCCACGUGCUCGUGCGGUCGCAGUACGCGGCUUGCAAGCACCUCCGCGUGCCCCUGCUGUCGUACCCGGCCUCCAUGGCGGCCGCGCUGGAGGUCGGCCCGGCUCCCUUCAGGAGGCUAGCCCGUCCCGCCUCUAUCACCGUAGAUAUCUUCCUCGUUGUCUACCAGCUCGGCAUCUGUUGUGUAUACAUCGUAUUCAUCGCGGACAACAUCAAGAAGAUCGUGGAUCCGUUCUACGCGAUGGCGGUGGAACUGCACAUGCUGAUCAUCCUCUGCCCGUUAAUCGUAUUUAACCUGAUCCCUAGUCUAAAACUGCUGGCGCCAUUCUCAGCCGUGGCGAACGUACUCACAUUCAUAGGGCUCGGCAUCGUGGUCUACUACCUGGCGACCGGCAAGAAGUCCCACCAGCCGCUCGACUUGUGGGGCUCGCUAGAAACCUUCCCGCUGUUCUUCGGCACCGUCUUGUUCGCGCUGACGGCGGUCGGUGUGGUUAUAGCUCUGGAGAACAAUAUGAAGACUCCGAAGGCGUUCGGCAGCCCGUGCGGCGUGCUCAACUCGGGCAUGGCGCUGAUCGUGCUCUUGUACGUGACGGUGGGCGCCAUGGGCUACAUCUACUGCGUCUCCAAGUGCUCCGACUCCAUCACUCUCGAUCUUCCUUCCGGGCCGUUGGCGACUAGCGUCAUCGUGAUGUUCGCGGUGGCCAUCUUCAUUAGCUACGGACUGCACUGCUUCGUGCCGGUGGACGUGGUGUGGCGCGGGUACGUGGAGCCCCGCCUCCGAGCCGCGGCCACUCCGCCCGCGCGCCUCGUGCUCGCUGAAUACGUGCUGCGCGUCCUGCUCUGUCUCCUCACAUUCGUGCUGGCCGUGAGCGUGCCCCGCCUGGGACUGUUCAUCUCUCUGUUCGGCGCGCUGUGCCUGUCGGCGCUGGGCAUCUGUUUCCCGGCUAUAAUGGAAGCAUGCGUGAAGUUCCCGCACGAUCUGAAACCGAUCUGGCUGUUGAAGGACGUACUGCUGUUUCUGGUGGGCAUUGUGGGUCUGGUGGCCGGCACGUACACGGCUCUGCAGGCCAUCUUCCGCUCGUUCCAGUCGACGAGCCCGCUCCACGCCUAACAACGUGCGGCCCGCAACUGCGCCUUGUCUCAGUUCGCACGCGCUAUCACCGACUUUAUUGAUACCCCUUAAAGUACUUGAAGGGUUCAAAAUAAAACUGUAGACAUUUAAUUAAUCUUUUUAUUAUAUUGGAUUGGUUGGAGAAGGUCUCCCUCGCAACGGGCCGAAAGGUACUUGGCAUACAUCUCAUAGUUUACUAACGGAUCGGAAUGUCGCAGACCACAGACGGCAACGGUGUGAUGCGUUGAAUAAUGAAUUUAGUUUAGCUGUAAGUUUUAGAAUUUAAUGUUGUUUAUUGCAUUUUUGUGCCAUCGAGCAGCGAAGGCUUCAGAUGCCGGGGCACGUGCCAAAUACCUUCCUAAUUACCUACAUGCGUGCUCAGCCACUAUUAGCUACGACGCUUUCAUAGAACUGGCGCAUCUGUAGUAAAUAAAUAGAUUAGUUAAUGCAGACCUCAAAUAGACAAAGACAAAUGAGAUCAGACUUUUUACAUUAAACUAUUGCAGCAUACAUAGGAUCUUGCUGAAAUGCCUUAGAUCUAUUCGAGAUCUUAGCUUUAAAGUGUUCUGAAGCAGAAACGUCGGUUCCAGGAAGCGCCACACGACAUUACAGUAUUAAGCAGCAUUUUAUAUUUAAACAUAUAUAUUUUCAGUAAACUUAUUACAUUAGAUGGAAAAUUAUAGAUAUCAAUGAGAACAAAAAAAUUAUGAAUGUCUUUGUAGAAAGCACACCCGUGUGACGGGCGUCUACCGUAUAUUGUAUGUACAUCUACAGCACUGUGUGUGCCGCAUUAUUCAACAUUAGCUUUUCAUGUUUAAUGUAGUCCUAUGUUUAUGUUAAGUUACGUAAUCAACUGUUGUAUUAGUUGUUAUGUAUUUCAAUGUUAUAAAUUAAGAUAAACAAAAUUUAUUGGCCAAUUAUAACAAUGAUUCUCCGUGAUCUUCACUCGUGUUUAAUUAUGCGCUUAUCAUAAUUGUAAGAGACAGUGAUAAAUUAUACAAGUUUUUAAGCUACGAAAGAAGAGUUCAAUGAUUAGUGUCAAGAGCGCUUUAGCAGUUCUCUGUAUGCGGCACUCCGCUGGCAGGGUCGGUCGGUGCACUGGGUUGUUGGCGACAGCCGUGUUGCUGACAGUUGAAUCCACGGAGUAUGUGAUGCCCUAAUUUUAUUUUUGUGUUAAGUCAAAAAUAUAUGAACUUUGUACACAAGUAUGUAUACAA